AUGAAGCUGUCAAUAACCUUAAAUUCUUACAGAAAAAAGGAAAAUACAAGAUGGAAAUUAUCAAAUGUAGAAAAGCGUGUAGAUGGGCUUCAAAAUGAAUGGGCUAAAUAUUCAAACAGCAAUAAGCAGACAUUAACGCAAAUAUAUACAAAACUUCAAUAUGCAAAGCGAAAUAGAAAUACAAACACUAUUAUUUCAGAGAGACAGGAGUUAAUAAAAGAAAAACGAAAAUUAGAAGAUUUAAUGGAUCAAGGUCUUAUUAGUUUUGAUAGCUUUAAUUCUUUAUCAAAAGAUAUUCAAAAAUUAAAUAAUUUGCAAGUACAGAAAGAUGUUGGUAGUAGUAAUCGUAAAAAAAGACAAUUAAUUAUUGAAAUAGAAAAGGUUAAAAAGGAAAACAAUCUUAUAUUUAAAACUUCUAUAGAUACAGCAAGAAGAUUACUAGCUAACAAUAAAUCUAGAGUUGAAUUGGUGAAACAAGGUUUAUUUGUGAAUUUAGAAACAUUAGAAAGUUAUAGAAAGAGGUUUUUAAAUGAGGAAGAAUUACCAGCAUAUUUGCGAAAUCAAUGUAGAGAAGCAGCAGAAAUUUUAUUUUCAAAUGGGUUUAAAAUGCCUCUUGUGUUUGAGCUUCUUCAAGAUUGUGGUAUAAUUUAUCGAAAUAGUUCCAUGAUAAACGUAGAUAGAAGAAUGCAAUAUUUUAAAAGUAUUGAAUUAGCAAGGUCAUUAAUUCGUAACUCUACAAGAACAGAAGACGAGAAAUGGAAAAUUUAUGAUUUAUUAAGUGUUCUAGAAAAUUUUAGGCAAAAUAUUGAUUCAGGGAAACCUCCUACUGAUUUAUUUAAAAAAUUUUGUGGGAAAGCAGUUAUCAAAUUACAAUCUUAUGGUUUAAAGAUGACCAAAUUGUAUGACAUUUUAAAACGUUAUGGUAUACCAGUAACUAAAGAACAAUUAGAUGCGAUGUAUCCUGAUAUUAUAGAUGAUGAUAAAGAUGAAAUAGAUAUUUUCAAUUUCCCUAACGAAAUUAACAAUUUUGAUCAAAGAACAGACUCUAUAUUCCCACCUGGAAAUGAUGGCACUAGUUUUGUUAAUGAAACUCGUUUUCAACAAGAACAAUAUAAUAGACAAUAUCAAAAUACUUUUAAAAUGGCUAAUGUUCAUGAUCAAGAUGAACAAGAAGCUAUCAGAGAAAUGUUAGCUACCUUAAAAAAAUCUGAAGAUAGCAUUGAAGGUGAAUCUCUAACCCCUGAAGGAAUGACGGUAAACUUAUUGAAACAUCAAAGAAUGGGGUUACAUUGGCUAUUGAACGUUGAAGAUUCUAGUAAGAAAGGUGGAUUAUUAGCUGAUGACAUGGGUCUUGGUAAGACUGUUCAAGGUAUUGCCCUAAUGUUAGCUAAUCGUUCCACCAAAGAAGAUAGAAAGACAAAUUUAAUUGUUGCACCUGUGGCAGUUCUACGUGUUUGGCAGGGGGAAAUUAGUACUAAAAUUACAAGUGAAGCUAAUUUUACUUCUAUUAUAUAUUCAGCUUCAUUUAAAUCGAAAUUGAAAACUUGGGAAGAUCUUGCUCAAUAUGAUGCUGUUUUAAUCUCAUAUCAAAGUUUAGCAAUUGAAUUUAAAAAACAUUAUCCUACUAAAUUAGCUACUGAUAAGACUGCAUUGCCACCUGUACCUGAACUUAAAGCUAUGAAUAGAUUAAAGGAAAGCGGUGAAUAUUUCUCACCCUUUUUUUGUGAUAAUUCCAUAUUUUAUAGGAUUAUUCUUGAUGAAGGUCAAAAUAUUAAAAAUAAAAAUACUCAAUGUGCAAGAGGAUGUUGUUCACUUUUAUCAACAUAUAGAUGGAUUUUAUCUGGUACACCUAUUCAGAAUAAUAUGGAUGAAUUAUAUUCAUUAAUUCGAUUUUUAAGAAUUCCACCAUAUAAUCGAGAAGAGAAAUUUCAAAAUGAUAUCUCUAGAUAUUUAAAAGUAACAAGGAAUUUUGAAUAUGAUCAAACUCAUAAACAAAAUGCCAUGGGUAAAGUUCGUCUAUUAUUAAAUGCUAUAAUGUUAAGAAGAACAAAAGAUGAUAAAAUCGAUGGUGAACCAAUUUUAGAAUUACCACCUAAAAAUGUUAAUAUUGAAAUUACUGAAUUUCAAAAUGAAGAAAAAAUAUUUUAUGAUAGCUUAGAAAAUAAAAAUAAAGCUAUUGCAAAAAGAUUGUUAAAACAAAAAUCUCGUGGUAAUUAUUCUAGUAUAUUAACAUUAUUAUUACGAUUAAGACAAGCAUGUUGUCAUUCUGAGUUGGUAGUGAUUGGAGAAGCUAAAUCGGAAGAUAAAAAAGUUGCUAAUGGGAAAGAUUUUAAAAAGGAUUGGUUAAGAUUAUAUAAUUGUGUUAAAAAAAUGAGUAAUCAAUCUAAAGACAAUGUGGAAAAAUCGUUAGAAUCUAUGUCUUGCCUAUGGUGUCUUGAACAAUUGGAUCCUGAAUCUUCAUCUAUUUUAUCAGGUUGUGGACAUCUUAUAUGUGAUUCAUGUAUUGAUUCAUUUAUUGAAGAAGCUUCCAAUGCAUCUACAGCAAGAACAAUUGAAAAAGGUAUUCAAUAUUUACCUUGUAAAUAUUGUCAAAAAUUAACUAAUGAACAAGAAAUUAUUUCAUAUCGAUUAUAUGAUCAAUCUAUGAAUCAACAAAUAUCUGAAGAAGAAUUAUAUGGAGAAUAUUUAGAAGAGAUGAGUCGACAAAGAGAAAGAUUAAAGAAUGUAUAUGUACCGGAUUUUGAUAAAUUAAUACCAUCAGCUAAAAUCAAUCAAUGUUUAAAUGUUAUUAAAAAAGUAUUUGCUAAUUCAGAUAAUGAAAAAAUUAUAAUUUUUUCUCAAUUUACUACAUUUUUUGAUAUAUUACAACAUUUUAUUAAAAAGGAAUUAAAAGUGUCAUAUUUGUUGUAUAAUGGAUCUAUGAAUGCACAACGAAGAUCAGAUGUUAUUGCAGAGUUUUAUAAGAAAAUUGACAAGAGAAUAUUGUUAAUCUCAAUGAGAGCUGGUAAUUCUGGGUUAACAUUGACGUGUGCUAAUCAUGUAAUUAUUGUAGAUCCGUUUUGGAAUCCUUAUGUGGAACAACAAGCACAAGAUAGAUGUUAUAGAAUUAGUCAAACAAGAGAAGUAUUUGUAUAUCGGUUAUUUGUGAAGGAUUCUGUAGAAGAUAGAAUUGUUGAAUUACAAAAUAGAAAGAAGGAAAUGGUUGAUGCAGCUAUGGAUGCAGAUAAGAUAAGGGCGAUUAACCAAUUAGGAACACGUGAAUUGGGAUUUUUAUUUGGAUUAAAUUCUUUAUAA